AUGACAACCUUUGAACAAAGAGAAUUCACCAUUGUGGUGAAGAUAGGAUCUUCAUCCUUGGUUGAUGCUGUCACCAGAGAACCCAGGAUUGCAAAUAUGGCGCUCAUUGUUGAAACUAUAACCAAGCUUCGUCGUCAAGGACACAAGAUCAUCAUCGUGUCCUCGGGUGCUAUUGCAUUUGGUAUGAAGGUGAUGGGGUUGCAAACCAAACCGCCUAAAUUAGCGGCAGUGCAGGCACUAGCUUCCAUAGGGCAAGGAAAACUAAUAGGGUUGUUCAACGAUUUGUUUCGUCAAAUGGACCAAACCACUGCACAAAUUUUGAUCACAAGGAACGACAUAGUGGACUACACUCAGUACAAAAAUGCCAAAAACACAAUCAAUGAAUUGUUAGAAAUGGGCGUGAUUCCAAUCGUUAAUGAAAAUGACACCUUGUCUGUGUCAGAGAUCAAAUUUGGUGAUAACGAUACCCUAUCAGCCAUAACUGCAGGUAUGAUUCAUGCAGACUACCUAUUUCUCAUGACCGAUGUGGAAUGUUUAUACACAGAAAACCCAAGGACAAACCCCAAUGCGGAGCCGAUCUUGGUGGUUGACAAUAUUGACAAUUUGAGUGUGAGCACAAGCGAUGAUGCUGGGGCAGGGUCGAAUGUGGGUACCGGUGGAAUGACAACCAAGUUAAUUGCCGCAGAACUUGCAACCAAUGUUGGCGUCACGACAAUUGUCACUUUGUCAACUCAGCCACAUUACAUUCUCGAUAUAGUUGCUCAUAUACAGUCGCAAGAUGAAGCAUUGACUAUUUCCGAACAACGAGAGGUUCUACAAAGGGACAUUCAGAACAAGAUUAUUCCAUUGCAUACUAGGUUCCUUGCUUUGCCUCAAGAUACCCAAAUCAAAUCAGAUAGAAGGUUCUGGAUUUUACACGGUUUGAAAACCAAGGGGGCAUUGAUCAUAGAUGGAGGGUGCUUUGCCGCGCUCACCCGGAGAGACAGAGCAGGUUUGUUACCAGCGGGAAUCAUUGAUGUGGUGGGAAACUUUCAUGCAAAUGAAUGUGUGGCGAUAAAAGUUGUCGCUGAUCGUACGAAAUUGACGGAGCUGAAUAUGAUUGAGGUUGGUCAUUGCCGUGUGAAUUACACUGCCAAUGAAAUAAGAUUGAUCAAGGGCCACAAGAGUAGUCAGAUAGAGUCCAUAUUGGGGUAUGCUGAUAGUGAAUAUGUUGCACACAGAGAUAACCUAGCAUUUCCACCGGUAACCCCUUCUUCGACAUAG